AUGGCCUCCAACGUUAAGUGGCACGAACUCUCAAACAAUACCGAUCCUACCUGGUACAAAGAUGCAGGUUUACGUCGAAAUGUAGCCUUGGGUUUGGGACUUUGCCUCGUGAUUGCCACCAAUGUAUACCAAGCAAGUCUUCUGGCUGGCUUUCAAGCGAUGCCAGCAUGGCAAGCUUAUUUUAAGAGCCCUACCGGUGCUCUGCUAGGCAUUUAUUCCGCCUCAUUUUUCAUUCCUUCGAUUUUCACGUCCUUCAUUGGUGAUUACAUCUCUACUAAGUUCGGGCGACGAUGGUGCAUUUUCGUCGCCAAUAUAAUUCUAGUCCUUGGAGCCCUUAUCAACACUUUUACUUCCUCUGUGGGCAUGUGGUGUGCUGGUCGUGCCGUGAUGGGAGCUGGAGUUGGCCUUGUCAAAGUAGCGGCCCCCGUUCUCAUCCAGGAGAUUAGCCAUCCCCGACUUCGACCGAUCUUAGGGUCCUGCUACCAAACAUUUGCGUAUUUCGGUAUCUUCUUCGCGGCCCUGAUGACUUUUGUUGGCCUGUAUGUUCCCGGAAACUGGGGAUGGCGAUUCCCCUCGCUGCUUCAAGUCCUUGGCCCCGUCGCUGUUGUCAUUGUUACUGUAUACUGUCCGGAAUCUCCGCGGUGGCUUAUUAAGAACGGCCGGGAGGAACAAGCUCUCAAGGUCCUUGCCACGUUGCAUGCCAACGGCAAUGAGAGUGAUGCACUUGUGCAGUUUGAGAUGGAUCAAAUCAAAACAGCCAUUGAGCAAGAAAUGGUUCAGCAAAAGGCCAGUCUCCUGGAUUUCCUUCGCACCCCUGGCAACAGAAGGCGAUUGGCAACACUUGUAGCCCUGGCAUGUUCUCUCAACUGGAUGGGCAAUGGCAUUAUCACCUAUUACCUUGCACCUAUUCUCAAAUCUGUCGGAAUUACCGCCCCGGUUCAAAUCACCUUGAUCAACGCAGGCCUCGCACUAUGGAACUUGAUUCUCGCCGCUAUCGCUGCUGUUAACUGCGAUAAAGUCGGCCGUCGACCUCUGUUUUUGACAUCAACUGCAGGCAUGUUGUGCUCAUACGCUGUGGUCAUGGGGUUGUCUGCAGGAUUCUCCAAUAUUAAGGAGCACGCACUUGGCAUUGCUGUUAUCCCAUUCCUCUUCAUCUACUUCGGAUUCUAUGAUAUAGCAUACACCCCUCUCCCAAUCUCUUACACUGUCGAGAUUCUUCCAUUCUCUAUCCGAUCUAAAGGCAUGGCUCUGUUUACCAGCACUGCUACUUUGGGUAAUGCGUUUAACCAAUUUGUUAAUCCAAUUGCUCUUAAGAAUAUUGCAUGGCGAUAUUACGCCGUCUAUAUCGGGAUUCUAAUCUUUUACUUCUGUUUCAUCUUUUUCAUGUUUCCAGAGACCAAGCGUCUCUCGGCCGAAGAAGCGUCAGAGGUUUUCGAUUUCGAUAGACACGGCCGUCCUCUUGGCAAGACAGUGGAUUCUGAGCAGGGUGCGAACUUUGGUAAUGAUAAGGACGUGUCCGAAUGUGCAAUCGACAGUGUAAACAAGGCCUAG